ACUAUACAAAAUUCAAUGAUCAUCACAGGUAACUGCUCGGAUGAGGGCUGGAUGAUGCCAAGAGUUAAAACCCCAGUCUCUCCUCAAGAUAUAAACUCAAAUGUAAGAGUUAAAAAAGAUAAAAGUGGACGGUACGCCCCAGUUUUACACCUUACAUGGAGUCAAUCACCUGAUAGUAGCAUAUACUUCCUUAAAGGGACUGACGUUUGUGUAGUUGAAAUGGCGACAAAUAACAGUGAAUGCAUUCGUUACAUAUUUCUGAAUAAACUGCAAUGGACAAAAAACCCAAAGAACAACAUGUGGAUUUUUUCUUUAGACAGAGUUGUGGUCAACCCAGGCUCUAAAUACCAGGUUUUUAUAACCAAUUUACCAAAGCCAAACAUAGGCAGCUAUACCAGAGAAAUCCAAGUUAAUGUUCCAGAGAAUAUCUGGAAUCCUAAUCUUAUUUGGACAGCGGAUAAUGAAAAUGAAAACAAGUUGGUGAUAACCAUAAACUUCAAACCUGAAAAGAUCUCUGAAAAAUACAGAGUCUCUAUUCAAAGUCCUGACCUUCAUCUAGAACCAUCUCUCAUAGUCCUAAAGGCCAACCAAACAUCACUAAAAGUUAAUUUCACAAUCGAAUUACAACGGCUAACUGACUGCAGUUUGUACUUUGUGAUUCAGCCACUCUCUAUUCAAUGUUUCAAUAACUGUUUGGAUUACAGAGAGAAAGUUGAUAUCUGUCCAUAUCUUCCGAAAGCUCCUUUUGAUUUCAUUGUUUCGGUGAUACUGGUAUCGUUGCUGGUUAUAUUGGCUGUGGCUGGUUGCUUCAUUGCAUUUUUGCUGCACAAAUAUUUUCAUAAAGACACCCCAUACUUGGUCCACUCGACCAAUGGGAAAAGUAAAUGGGAAUGCAAACCUGUUCAAGAGCAUAGAAGGGUGCUGAUAAUCUACUCACUGGACCACCCCCUGUACAAAGACAUCAUCCUAAAAUUGUGUGCCUUUCUACGGGCUAAGUGUGGUACAGAUGUUACCCUUGAUCUCCUCGAUUCUUACUGGCUCAGCACCAUCGGUAGAAUUCAGUGGCUGGACAUGCAAAGGGAGCAGAUCUCCAAAUCUUCAGAUAAAGUCCUGAUCUUGUGCUCUCCAGGUGUGCAUGCAAAGUGGAGGGCCAUGUGCGGUGAAAACAGGGUCAGAUUAAAGGAGGAUGCUCAUUCACCAAUAGGAGACAUGCUUACGCCAGCCCUGAGCCUCAUCAUACCGGAUUUUGUUCAUGCUUCGUCUUUCCACAAAUACAUAGUGGCUUAUUUUGAUGACGUGUGCAGUGAGAAUGAUGUACCGGCACCGUUUAACACGGUGGUGAAGUACAAGCUGAUGAAUCACUUUGAAGAACUUUACUUCAGGAUCUUAGAUGUGGAAAAACAGGAGCCUGGCAGAAUAAAAUGCAUCGAGGGCGUCGGAGAGACUGAUUAUUUUACAUGUCCAUCAGGAAGGGCCCUUCGAGAUGCUAUUGAAACUUUUCACUGUUAUCAGCUGAAGAAUCCAAACUGGUUUGAAAUGGAGCUUUUGGACACAGAUGAUGAAGUCGAGGAAGACGACUUCGAUCCGAUCUAUCCUACAGGCAUUACCUACAAUGCCGUCACAGAAUGCUAUCAGCUCAUUGAAGGACAUGAAGCUCAAACGGGUGUCAAUAUGAUUAAGUGUCACAGUGAGGAUGAUCACAUUUUAAUGACUUCCAUUGAAGAAACAGGUUUAUUACUAAAUAAACAAUCUUCAGUUGUUACCAUGGACGUCCAGUAUAGUAGUCUAGCACUGAACAGUUUUACAGCCAUUAAUGUGAAAGGGAUACCAGCAACACAAACUUUGGUACAACACGGUUUAUGCUUACCACCUCUGUAAGCCUUUGCGAAUUAAGUUAUAUGUUAAUACUUAAGUUAACAUAAUCAGACUACUGUGAUUAUAAUGUAAGCUGUGUUUAUUUUUUACACAUUGUUUUGUGUUAUGCUAUUUAACACAUUAUGUGUUAUUUUAUGUUGGUUUUGUGUUCAAAUAGAUUAAAGGGACAACAUAAGAUGUGUUAAAGAAGACCUUUCACAAGACUUUUUUUAAAUGUAAAUAAAUCUUUGUGUCCCCAUGAGUACAUAGGUGAAGUUUUAGCUCAAAAUACCCAAUAGAUAAUUCUAUUAUAUGUUAAAAUUGCCACUUUGUAGGUGUGAGCAAAACUGUGCAGUUUUUUUGGGUGUGUCCUUUAAAUGCAAAUGAGCUGAUCUCUGCACUAAAUGGCAGUGCCGUGGUUGGAUAGUGCAGAUUAAGGGGCGGUAUUAUCCCCUUCUGACAUCACAAGGGGGGCCAAUUUCAAUUACCUAUUUUUCACAUGCUUGCAUAGAAUGGUUUACCAAAACUAAGUUACUGAGUUGUUCUUUUUCAUAUUUUCUAGGCUGAAAGAAGCACUGGGGACCCAAUUAUAGGACUUAAACAUUGAAAAAGU